UUCGUGUUACCGCCCCGCCCCGAAGAAGAAGCGGCAACCUUCCGCUUCGCACGAGAAGCCUGAAAGACACAAGUUACGAAAUCAAACCUCCAGACAAGUCACGUCUUCUCUUCCAUGACGUCCCAGCAAAUGGGGCUUGACAGAUUCUGUAGCCCUGACGGGUCAGAACAGUUCUGGGAUUGGGACCGCUCAUGGAAUACUACAAAGCCCGACUUUACCGAGUGCUUCCAGAACACCGUCCUGGUGUGGCUGCCAUGCAUCUACCUCUGGCUGUGUGCCCCCAUCUAUCUCCUCUACCUUCGUAGCCACAAUCAAGGCUACAUAUGUAUGAGUCACCUCAACAAAGCCAAAACUGCUUUUGGCUUUCUUCUGUGGAUUAUCUGCUGGGCAGAUGUUUUCUAUUCUUUCUGGGAAAGAAGUUAUGGCAGUCGAGUGCCUGCGCCUGUCCACCUCGUCAGUCCAACCAUACUGGGCUUCACCAUGUUGCUGGCCACCCUGAUGAUUCAGUACGAACGAUUGAAAGGGGUUCAGUCAUCUGGAGUGUUGCUGUUUUUCUGGCUGCUGGCCUUGCUGUGUGCCACCAUCACCUUCCGCUCCAAGAUCCUCCACGCCCUGGACCAGCCGUCAACUAUCUGCGUGUGGAGGUACACCACCUUCUUUGUGUACUACAGCCUGCUGCUGGUCUCGUUGAUUUUGUCCUGCUUGUCAGAUCGGCCUCCGCUCUUCUCCCAAGUCGUCAAAGACCCCAAUCCUUGCCCUGAACCCGGAGCCUCUUUCCUUUCCAAAAUCACAUUCUGGUGGAUCACCAGGAUGAUGUUGAAGGGCUACAAGCAUCCCCUAGAGGAGAAAGACUUGUGGUCUCUGAACCCCGAGGACCGGUCACAGAAAGUGGUGCCCAGGCUGGUUCAACGUUGGAACGCAGAUUGUCAAAAGCCAAAAAGGUCAGAGGUCAAGGAACGCAGAUUGUCAAAAGUGAAAAAGGUCAGAGGUCAAGGAACGCAGAUUGUCAAAAGUGAAAAAGGUCAGAGGUCAAGGAACGCAGAUUGUCAAAAGCGAAAAAGAACCGAACCGAAGACGUUGUACUCUCCGCGGCCGGCCCAAAAGCCCCACGCCAAGGAGAGCGGCGCUGCCGCGGAGGAGUCUGAAAUCUUACUGGUCCAAAACGCCAAACGAAAGGAAGCCUCCCUGCUGUGGGCUCUGUGCCUGGCCUUCGGGCCCUAUUUCCUCAUCUCGUGCCUCUACAAGUUCAUCCAAGACAUCCUCAUGUUCGUCGGGCCCGAGAUCCUGCGGCGUCUGAUCCAGUUUGUGAACAACUCUGGCGCCCCCUCCUGGCACGGCUUCUUCUACACGGCUCUGCUCUUCGUUUGCACCUGCGUCCAGUCGCUCAUCCUCCAGCGCUAUUUUCACAUCUGCUUCAUCACGGGCAUGCGCCUGCGCACCGCCAUCGUCGGAGCCGUCUAUCGGAAGGCCUUGGUUAUCAGCAGUGCGGCCCGCCGCACGUCCACAGUGGGCGAGAUUGUCAACCUGAUGUCGGUGGACGCUCAGCGCUUUAUGGAUCUGAUCGCUUAUAUCAACAUGAUCUGGUCCGCCCCCUUGCAAGUGGUGCUGGCCCUGUACUUUCUCUGGCAGAACUUGGGUCCCUCCGUUCUGGCCGGAGUGGCUGUGAUGCUUCUAAUGGUUCCGGUCAACGCUUUCAUUGCCAUGAAAACCAAAACUUAUCAGGUGGCUCAGAUGAAGAGUAAAGACAGCCGCAUUAAGCUGAUGAAUGAGAUGCUGAACGGUAUCAAGGUGUUGAAGCUGUACGCCUGGGAGCUCGCCUUCAAGAGCAAAGUGUCCGAGAUCCGUGAGAGCGAGCUGCGGGUGCUGAAGAAGGCCGCCUACCUUGGCGCGGUGUCGACCUUCACUUGGGUCUGCGCACCUUUUUUGGUUGCGCUGUCCACUUUCGCGGUGUACGUGCUGGUCGACGACAAAAAUGUGCUCGACGCACAGAAGGCCUUUGUUUCCCUGGCGCUCUUCAACAUCUUGCGCUUUCCUCUCAACAUGCUGCCCAUGGUCAUCAGCAGUAUGGUGCAGGCGAGCGUCUCCUUGAAGCGGCUGAGAGUGUUUCUAUCGCACGAGGAGCUCCAGGAAGACAGUGUGGAGCGCAAAGCACUGCUUGGCUCCUCAACCAGUAUAUCCAUCGUGGAUGGAGUUUUCAGCUGGUCAAGAACGGAAUCACCGACACUCAAAAUGCUGAACGUGUGCAUCCCCGACGGCGCUCUUGUUGCCGUUGUGGGACUUGUCGGUUCCGGAAAGUCCUCUCUUCUGUCCGCCCUGCUUGGGGAAAUGGACAAACUUGAAGGAAGUGUGGCUGUCAAGGGUUCAGUGGCCUACGUUCCCCAGCAGGCCUGGAUCCAGAACUCCACGCUGAAGGAAAACAUCAUAUUUGGCCAGGCGCCGAGCGAGGCCUGGUACCAGCGCGUGGUGGCCGCAUGCGCCCUUCAGCCCGACCUCGAGAUCCUGCCCGCUGGAGAUUCCACGGAGAUUGGCGAAAAGGGUGUCAAUCUGUCGGGGGGUCAGAAGCAGAGGGUGAGCCUGGCCAGGGCCGUCUACUGCGACCGCAUGGUCUACCUGCUCGAUGACCCCCUGUCCGCCGUUGACGCGCAUGUGGGGAAGCACAUAUUUGAGCAGGUGGUUGGUCCGCAGGGCUUGCUGAAGGACAAGACCCGUCUGCUGGUGACACACGGGCUGAGCUACUUGCCCCAGGUGGACUUGAUUCUGGUCAUGGUGGGUGGAGAAAUAACCGAAGUCGGCUCCUACCAGCAGCUCAUGGCCACCGAAGGUGCUUUUUCCGAGUUUCUGCACACCUACGCGAGCGUUGACCAUGGAGACGACAGCGAAUCGAAGCCAAAAGUCGUCACCAAAGGAAUGGAGAACGGCAGUGCAACCGGGCUCGCUGGGCCCGCUGAAAGCAGCAGUACGGCCAAGCUCCCCCAGUCAGACGAGGAGAAGGAGGAGCUGGGCAAAAAAGCCAAGCAAGCGGGCAAACUGACGGAGGCCGACAAGGCCGGCACAGGACGGGUCAAGCUGUCCGUCUUCUGGGCCUAUUUUAAAGCAAUCGGCGUCUUGAUCUGCGUGGCUCUGCUGCUGUUCAUGGCUCAUAACGUGCUCUCGCUGCUCUCGAAUUACUGGCUCAGUCUGUGGACCGAUGACCCGGUCGUUAACGGCACUCACCCUCGAAGGCAACUGAGAUUGGGGGUUUACGGUGCUCUCGGCCUGUCCCAGGGGGUGGCGGUCUUCGGCUACUCCCUGUCCAUGUCCAUCGGGGGCAUUCUGGCAUCGCGCUACCUUCAUCAGUCCAUGCUUUACGACGUCCUGCGCUCGCCCAUGGCGUUCUUUGAGCGAACCCCCAGCGGCAACCUGGUCAACCGCUUUGCCAAGGAGAUGGACACCAUUGACACGGUCAUCCCCAGCAUUCUGAAGAUGUUCAUGGGCUCCUUGUUCAAUGUGAUCGGUUCUUGCGUUGUCAUCCUGAUCGCCACGCCGUUGGUGGCCAUCGUCAUUCCCUUCCUCGGUCUGCUCUACUUUUUUAUACAGAGAUUUUACGUGGCGUCGUCACGCCAGCUGAAGCGCCUGGAGUCCGUCAGCCGCUCACCCAUCUAUAGCCACUUCAACGAGACCUUGCUGGGUACGUCCGUCAUCAGAGCUUUCGGCGAACAGGAACGCUUCAUACGGGAGAGCGACCAGAGGGUUGACCAUAACCAGAAGGCCUACUACCCCAGCAUUGUAGCAAACAGAUGGCUGGCGGUCCGACUGGAGGUGGUCUGCAACUGCAUCGUGUCCUCCGCUGCUCUGUUUGCCGUCAUCGCCAGAGACAGUCUCAGUCCGGGUAUCAUGGGCCUGGCCAUCUCCUAUGCCCUGCAGAUGACGGCCUCUCUCACCUGGCUGGUGAGGAUGUCCUCCGAUGUGGAAACGAACAUCGUCGCCGUGGAGCGAGUGAAAGAGUACAGCGAGACGGAAAAAGAGGCCGAGUGGAAGCGCGAGCACUGCGACCUGGACCCCGGGUGGCCCACCGAAGGCCGCAUAGAAUUCAGAGGCUUCGGUCUACGAUACCGUCGCGAUCUGGACCUGGCCAUCCGGAACAUCACAGUCAGCAUUUCAGGAGGAGAGAAGGUCGGGAUUGUCGGUCGCACAGGAGCAGGCAAGUCAUCCCUGACGCUGGGCCUGUUCAGGAUCAUCGAGGCGGCAGAGGGGCAGAUUCUCAUUGAUGGAAUCGACAUUGCCGAACUUGGCCUGCACGAGCUGCGCUCCAGAAUUACCAUCAUACCGCAGGAUCCAGUGUUGUUUUCAGGCACUCUGAGGAUGAAUUUAGAUCCAUUUGAAAGCUACUCUGAUGAGGACAUAUGGAGGUCUUUGGAGUUCGCUCAUCUCAAGAACUUUGUGUCCGGCCUGCCAGACAAGCUCAACCAUGAAUGUAGUGAAGGGGGGGAGAACCUCAGCGUGGGCCAGCGCCAACUGCUGUGCCUGGCCAGAGCCUUGUUGAGAAAGACCAAGAUCCUCGUUUUAGACGAAGCCACGGCCGCCGUGGACAUGGAGACCGACAACCUCAUCCAGACCACCAUCCGCUCUCAGUUUGAGGACUGCACGGUGCUUACCAUCGCUCAUCGCCUCAACACCAUCAUGGAUUACACCAGGGUGCUGGUUUUGGAGAGAGGAGAAAUGGUAGAAUUUGAUUCUCCAGACAAUCUCCUGGCUCAAAAAGGAUCCUUCUAUAAAAUGGCCAAGGAUUCUGGGCUGGCCUGACGUUUUGUCACAACGGUCCUCCAUUGUGAGCACUUUGCCGGGCGGGCUCCACUUGCUUCCUGCUGUCUUUGAAGGAGUGGCCAGAGGCGCCACUGCACUUGUCGUGGAAAGACGUUUGUUUUUGUUUUUUUUUUAAAUGAUGGGCUUGACUUCACCUGCUGACCCAACUUCUAACUUAAUUGACGUACUCGCCUUUUGCCAACAAAUAUGCUUCUCGUUGUCGAUGCCAUGCCAUCACUUUAGGGGCUCCUGCUGUACCAAGUCAAGGCGGGGCGUGGGUUGGGCACACCUGUGUAGCCUUUAUUUUGACACCCGUGUACCUGUGGUUUGGAAAGAAAUAGGGGGGCAAUCUGAUCGUCGCACAUUGCUCCGUGGACUUGGGGUGAGGCUUUCUCAAAUACCAAAGGUUUGAAUCCAGGAUUUGAAAUGUGGGCUGAUUUGAGUCAUAGGAGCUGUUGAGUUGUUACCUCUAGUUUUAUUACAUCCGGAGCAAACGUCAAUUGGUCUCACCGAAGAUUUGGCUGAUCAUCGAUUUAGGGAUUAGAUUAAACAAAAAAUACUCAUAAAACCUUUUUCCAAUUUUGGAACCUGCCAAGGCUGAUUUUUGUGACGACAAAUGAUUUGCUCUUUUGAAUGUUAUUUCGCCUGGGUGGAUGGCGUAGUGUUGUGCGUUUUAGACCGGAGGCACGUUGUGUGCGGCAGCCGAGUGCUCCGAAGCAUCCGCCGAUUGUUGACUUGUAAUGUUGUUAACGGACGUCAGACAAUGUUGGGUAGUAAUGUUGAACUUUAAACGCACAAGUUGAAGGGAUCUGUCAAACAGAUUCCAGUUUCCUGUCACUUUACAUGCUGCAUUAUUUAUUAGUUUUUCUUUUCAGCAGCUUUAAAUGAAUGUUAAUAGCUAAAAACCAUUAAGUACCGGUAGUUUAUUUUAUGCUCUUGUGGAGCUGAGGUCCUUUUGAUCAUGAUGAGGCUGACAUGUUUUGAUUGCAUUUGCACACUUCUUUUUCCCUCAGGUGCAAAUUUUUAGUGAAGGUGCCGCAACCACUUUAUUUGUUGGUAAACUACCGAGUUUACUUCCACAAAAAAAAAAAUUACACUGAUGAAAAUCAUACUAAUCUGUUGGGUGCAGUCUUGUGUACAUUGAAAACAUUUCUUUCAUGUGUGUAUAAAAGAGGGUAAAAAAAAAAGUUUUGACAAAUACAAAUAACAUCAGCAGACUCCAAUGUUGAUGAUGUUAAAUGCAUUGUAUGUUUUUCACGUCUUUUUUUUUUUAAAUUGUGUUCGAUAUGGCAUUAUGUGUGCUUUCAGUUUCGUACGGAACAAAACAAGACUAGGUGAGUUCCGAGUUCCUCACAGAAUAGAGCCUUAUACACUUUUUUUCUACAAUAGCCAAAACGCACCUUGGUUGAUUCACCAAAACUUGUUGGGGGGGGUGGGGGUUGUUUAAGGGUCUGUGAGCCAAGUUUGGGCAAAGCGUCUUGUGACAAAAUCCAUCAUACAACUUGGAAUGAAAAUGACACAGUGAACAUCAGCGUGUCUUUGUAGCGUAUGAUUUUUUUGUAUUUGUCACUAUUUAAAAUGAACGUUCUUUUUUCUGACCAUUGGUUGUUUUCGUUCUCGUAAUUAUAAAACCUGUGGAGAUCAAACAUUUGUUUUGUUACAUAUUUAUCAAUGCAAAUUUCAUUUUACCCCGCAUUUGUUUGUAUCUUAUCGGCUUUAAAUAAAUACAGUUUGUACACACAA